AUGAGCCUCUUUCAUUGCAACCAUCCAACAAUCCAACUCGAAAAUCACUCACUUGGUGAGCAAGCUAACCACUUCAUACAUCUACUCUCUUUGUCAUUUAAUCUAACACUCCUUUUAUUCUCUUCUCUUAACAUACACACAUAUUUUCUUUCAUUUUUCUCUCUUCAUUUUCUCUUUUCACUUUUCUUGCUAUCUCUCAUUUCCUUUCUCUUUUUACUUAAUUGUUUCACAUGGCCUCUAUCAAAUCCCCCUCCCAUUGUUCUCUUUCCUUCUCUCUCAUAUUCUUGCUCUUUCAUCUACAUUAAACCAACUCAUUCAACUUAUUAUUUCUUCCUCUUUCUUUCUCUUGCAAUUUGCCUGCUUCAGUCAUUUUAUAUUUUUUUAUCUUUUUCUCUUCUUUUCUUUCCUUCUAAUUUUGUUCUUUCUCUUUUCCCUCUCUCUAUAUCUUUCCUCUUUCUCUUUCUCUCAAUUUCUGUUUUCUUUUCUCUUCUCAUUUGUCAGUCUCUUGAGAUCAUCUUUAACUUUCAACCUAGCAAUUUUCAUCUCAGUUUUUUGGGCUUUCUUACAGAGAAUAAAAAUUCUUGUUAUUUAAUUGUACUUACUUUUUAUUGCAAGAAUUGA